AUGGAUGAUCACGCCAACAAUGUUGGCGUGAUCCAAAAUAUGUAUUGGUCACUCCAUUGCCAAUGGAGUGACCAUCUUUUGGAGCUUGUACCUGAAACCAAGAAAGAAAACCUGGAUUUUGAACUUCCAAUGUAUGACCCAUCCAAGGGCCUUGUAGUAGACCUAGCAGUUAUAGGAUGCGGCCCGGCUGGGUUCACUGUAGCCUAGCAAGUUUCCGAGGCAGGACUUUCGGUUUGUUCAAUCGACCCUUCUCCUGGAUUGAUUUGGCCAAACAAUUAUGGUGUUUGUGUGGAUGAGUUUGAGGUUAUGGACUUGCUUGAUUGCCUUGAUACAACCUGGUCUGGUGCUGCUGUGCUCAUUGAUGACAAUGUCAAGAAAGAUCUUGAUGGGAGAGUUGACAGGAAGCAGUUGAAGUUCAAGAUGUUACGAAAAUGCAUAUCAAAUGGAGUCAAGUUUCACCAAGCUAAAGUUAUUAAGGUUAUUCUCGAUGCAACUGGUUUUUCUAGAUGCCUUGUUCAGUAUGAUAAGCCUUAUAAUCCCAGCUACCAGGUGGCUUACAGGAUAUUGGCAGAGGUGGAAGAGCACCCAUUUGAUGUAGAUAAAAUGGUUUUCAUGGAUUGGAGAGAUUCUCAUCUGAAUGACAGCCUGCAACUGAACAAAGGAACAGAAAGAUCCCUACUUUUCUCAAAAGACAAGAUAUUUCUUGAAGAAACUUCACUCGUAGCUCGGCCAGGAUUACCCAUGAAAGAUAUCCAGGAAAUGGCUCGACUAAAGAACUUGGGCAUAAAAGUGAAGAGCAUUGAAGAAGAUGAACAUUGUGUGAUUCCAAUGGGUGGGCCUCUUCCUGUUCUCCCUUAGAGAAUUGUUGGAAUCGGUGGUACUGCUGGGAUGGUUCAUCCAUCAAUUGGGUAUAUGGUAGCUAGGACUCUUGCAGCCGCUCCCAUCAUUGCGAACUCUAUAGUUCAGUACCUUGGUUCUGAAAGCUGUCCCGGGAUGGUUCAUCCAUCAACUGGGUAUACGGUAGCUAGGACUCUUGCAGCCGCUCCCAUCAUUGCGAAUUCUAUAGUUCAGUACCUUGGUUCUGACUUCUGAAAGCUUUCCCGGGAUGGUUCAUCCAUCAACUGGGUUAGGUAUAUGGUAGCUAAGACUCUUGUAGCCGCUCCCAUCAUUGCGAAUUCUAUAGUUUAGUUCAUCCAUCAACUGG